AUGAAAUCCUCACGUAACAUAACUCAGCAAGAAGGCCAUAUCAACUGGAUGCUAAGCUGUCUUGAUCCGAGUCCUCUCGCAUUCUUUCGAUAUAUAUGUCCCGCUCAUCGAGUUCGAGCAAUUGAAAAAUACCAUAAAGUACUCAAUCUAGCCUUGAACGAAACUGAUGAUUCGGAACUAAAGAUUAAGCUCCAAGAAAAGAAAGAAACGCUUGGUGAGGAAAAGAUUCAAAAGGAUUGGGAAACAUGGAUGCAAGAAAGGACAGCGAUUCUUGUUCGUCGUAAUGUACGUAAUACAAAUCUGAAUCUUCAUAAAGAGAUAAGUUCGUUGUCAUUAAACAAGGACGAAUCAUUGAUAAAAGAUGCCAACUUAGAUAUAAGUGAAGAAGAUCAAGAAGAUCAGGAAGAGGAGGAUAUAAACGAAAUCGAAGAAUUUUAUAUAAGCAAGGGGGAUGACGACAAGGUUUAUAAAGAUGGUAUCGGCGAUGACGACAUUGAUGAUAACUUCAUAGAACGUAGAGAAGAAAAACAACCAACUACUCGUCGAUUGUGGGUUCUCAAAAGUGGUACCAACGUUGGAGACGAAUUAGCAAAAUAUGUUAAGACAAUUCCUGAGGCUCAUAAAUGUUUGAACCUCGCGUACUGGAACAUUCUCGAUUUAACGGAAGACACCCAAAUAAAACCUUUUUUUUCAGCGGAUGACUGGGAAGAAAUAAAUGAAAGCUUUAAAAAAGAAGUAAAAUUAGUUGAAUCAGAUAUACCAGAUGUUGUUGAAUAUUUUUUCGAUGAGGUGGAAAAGGUAUCCAAAAAAAAUGAUGAAUAUAUUAUCAAUGCGAUUGAUGAUUUGACUCCAGAGAUGAUAGAAAGAAAUAGAAACGUCAAAUUCAGUGAUGAGGAAAAGGAGAUCUUUAAUGGAUUAAGACGUGCCGUUAUUACCUAUGCCGAAAAUUUGAAGGAUCUUGAAGUUCCCAUAUCAGAAGCCGACUUUGACAAUUCAUUUACAAAUAUGUUAACAAAAAGAUUUUUAAACAAACGUGAUCUCAAAAUGGACGUAGGGGAAAUUGCUUGUUGGGCUUCUGCCCGUCGAAGAAACGAGGGACGCUCAAUAGUCCUCCGAGCACGCAUAGGCCAAAAGUGCGAUUUUCGGGGUACUUUGAAAAAUAGUAUUAAUAACCUUGAAGCCAUUAUUGGCCUUAGAAGUGGUGGUCUCCCUGUUGCACACCGCAAAAAAGUUCACGAGGAUAGAGCGGAUCUUUCCGUAGCAAUGCGCGAUGUUCUGUAUAAUUUUUUUAAAACAAAUCCCAAUGCAUCUGGAAAUGAGCUUCAUAGUACAUAUGUUCUUGGAAUUCAAUCAUGGGGGUGGAUCCACGAAGUUUAUGGCAUGGACUGUAAGGCUACAAAUGUAUUACGCUUAGGAAGGCUUUCUCAGAAAAAGAUGCCCAAUACUUUAAAAACGCUUGCAGUUCUUGAAGGUUUUUAUGCUACUAUGUCGGACAUCAGGUCUACGUUGAAAAUAAUUUGUGAUCACACAAAUGGUGUCUCGCUUUCUGACUCACGUUUACAUAGAGAACGCAAAAGAAAAAUUCCAGUUUACAGUGAGCAAUCCGGAUUGUUCGGUGAACCCUCAUCUAGUCCAAUAAAGAAAGGUAAAGAGAACGCCAGACUUAUGGCUAGAAUCAAUGAAUUGGAACAGAUUGCGAAAGAAAAAGAUGAGCUUGAGGUUAGAAUUGUGGAAUUAGAACAGACUACAAAGUUAAGUCAAACAGAAAAUGCCGAACUCAAGAAUGAAAUUGCAAAAUUAAAACGAGCUGUUAAGAAUAUUAUUAGCAUAAUUUAA